AUGACCGACCCCAAAGUGUCUAAGACUGCUAUGUAUCCAAGACCGACCCCAAAGUGUCCAAGACCCCAAUGUGUCCAAGACCCCAAUGUGUCCAAGACUCCAAUGUGUCCAAGUCUCCAAUGUGUCCAAGACUCCAAUGUGUCCAAGACCCCAAAGUAUCCAAGACCCCAAUGUGUCAUAGACCAACCCCAAAGUGUCCAAGACUCCAAUGUGUCCAAGAUUCCAAUGGGUCCUAGACUCCAAUGUGUCCAAGACCCCCAUGUGCCCAAGAUUCCAAUGUGUCCAAUCCUCAAAUGUGUCCAAGACCUCAACGUGUCCAAGACUCCAAUGUGUCCAAGACUCCAAUGUGUCCAAGACCCCAAAGUGUCCAAGACCACAAUGUGUCCAAGAUCGACCCCAAAGCAAGACUCCAAUGUAUGUGUCCAAGACCCUAAAGUGUCCAAGACCUCAAUGUGUCCACGACCUAAAAGUGUCCAAGACUUCAAUGUGUCCAAGACCUAA